UAAACAGGCUGAUGUUGAUUUCAUAUUUUCACAUUUGCUCCGGCUCUUCUCUCAGUUCUUGAUUUUGAAUGUUACUUCUCCCUGGUGUUGCUCCCAUUUAAGAUUUCUCUUAAUUCUAUCCAUGAAUGGUAAAGUCUUCCAUACAUCUUGCCCAACACUACAAUUAUGUCUGUAAUUGCAAUAAAAUCUUAAAAACCCAAAUUUGUGCCAUUUGUUGAUGUUGGUUUCGUCUUUGUGGCUACUAUUUAAGAUAAGGGAAUAUUGUCUGUUAUCUAUUUUGUUCUGAAACAAUAUUCAAAGAAAAUUUAGGACAACCAGUCUUAGGCUAAUAACAGGGCUUAUAUAAAAUGUUAAAAAAAAAAAAAGUGUUUUCAUGAGACAUAUUUUAACCCAAAACCUAAUCGACCAUCUAGAAAGUAGUUUAUUGUGAAACGCCGAGCCGGAAAAGCCGGCUUUAUGUUCGAGAAAUGAUGCAUUCAGAGGAAACAGAACCCGGGAUCUUUCUGUUUGACGUCCCGCGAAGACACCGGUAGAUCAGUUGUUUCAAUCGUCUUUAGACGACGUCGUAUUCAUUUUAUUAGCCGUUGAUUAGCUGCGCUUUGUACCUUUUCCACAUGGAGAACAGAAAGCGACCCCUGGACUCCAUGUUGAGCUCCAACGACCGCUUUAAAACCCCGGAGAAGAGCCGGUGGCCGGUCCUGGUGCCGGGGUCUGACCUGCUGCAGUGGGGAGUGGAGGAAACCUGUCAAUAUCUGCUAAAGGAGGGUCUCGGGGAAUGGGAGAAUGCGUUUAGAGCACAAAGAAUCACAGGAGUUGGGCUUCGGUAUCUCAACGAUGCAGCGCUGAAAACAAUUGGCAUUGAGUAUCUAGGUGACCGUCUGCGCAUCCUCCACAGCCUCAGGAAACUCUGGCAAAUAGAAACGGAGGCAAACAAGGUGUUCAAUGACCCCAUUCACGGGCAUGUGGAUUUGCACCCCCUCCUCAUCAAAAUCAUUGACACGCCACAGUUCCAGAGACUCCGGAAUAUCAAGCAGCUUGGAGGGACAUACUUUGUUUUUCCUGGAGCGUCCCACAACCGUUUUGAACACAGUAUUGGUGUGGGUCACUUGGCUGGACACCUUGUGCAGGCUCUAAAUGAAAGACAACCUGAACUGCUCAUCUCUCAUAGAGACAUCCUGUGUGUGCAGAUUGCAGGGCUCUGCCAUGACCUGGGUCAUGGACCAUUUUCCCACAUGUUUGAUGGCAUGUUCAUCCCUAAAGCACGCCCAGAAGUUAAUUGGAAGCACGAGACAGCAUCUCUGGACAUGUUUGAUCAUCUGGUGGAGAGCAAUGACCUGAAGGUUGUGAUGGAGGAGUAUGGCCUCGUGCUUCCAGAGGACCUGGACUUCAUAAAAGAGCAGAUUGCAGGACCUCUAAACACUCAAAAUCAAGGCCAGAAGUGGCCGUACAAAGGCAGACCUGAAGACAAGUCCUUCCUCUAUGAGAUUGUAGCCAACAAGCGGAAUGGUAUUGAUGUGGAUAAAUGGGACUACUUUGCCAGGGACUGUUACCAUUUGGGCAUUCAGAACAACUUUGACUAUCAACGAUUCCUUAAAUUUGCCCGGGUGUGUGAGGUCGACGGGCAGAAGCACAUCUGCACUAGAGACAAGGAAGUUGGAAAUCUCUAUGACAUGUUCCACACGAGAAACUGUCUGCACAGGCGAGCUUACCAGCACAAAGUGGGCAACAUCAUAGAGACAAUGAUCACAGAGGCCUUUUUAAAAGCAGAUCCAUACAUACAAAUUGAAGGUGCGGAGGGGAAGAUGUUCACUCUCUCCACAGCUAUAGAUGACAUGGUGGCCUACACCAAACUAACAGAUUAUGUGUUCGAACAGAUCCUCAACUCCUCCUCUUCAGAGCUUAGUGAAGCGAGGGAGAUACUGCACAACAUUGUCUGCAGACGUCUCUACAAAUGUCUGGGACAAACUCAACCAGACAAAACUGUGACUGUCAACCAGGAAACCAUAAAGAUGUGGGAGAAAGAGUUAUCUGAAUCCACUCCUCAGAGUGGCAACGCUGUUAUGACUCUGCACUCAGAGGACUUUAUCGUCAAUGUCAUUGUUAUGGACUACGGGAUGAAGGAGAAGAACCCCAUCAACAAUGUGCGGUUCUACUGCAAGAACGACCCAAACAAAGCCAUCCAGAUCCGCAAAAACCAGGUGUCUAAACUUCUUCCAGAGCAUUUUGCCGAGCAGCUGAUCCGAGUGUACUUCAAAAAGACGGACAGUGAGAGUCUGGAGGUGGCCAAGAAGCACUUUGUUCAGUGGUGCAUAAACAAGAACUUCUCAAAGCCUCAGGACGGAGACAUAAUAGCCCCCGAGCUGACUCCUCUCAAACUCAGCUGGUGCAACAGCAACGAAGGCGAGGACAGCGACGAGGCGAAGCCAUUAGGAAGAACCGCGACUCUCGUGAACGGACACAAGAAGAUCAAAACUCAGCUGUUUAAGAAAAAAUGAAAGAGAAACUUUCACUGUCUGCAUUUAUUAUUGGUAAAAAGAGAAGGGCCAGGUGACCAAUAUUGCCUCCUUUCGAUUAUAUAUUUUUAGUUAGUUUCAGUUUUUAAUUUUAUGUUUAAAACACUUUAUCAGUCAUACGUGACUGUAAUGCUCAGGGCAGUGUGUUUUUGCACUGUUAUGAAUGUAUUUUAAAGCUCACUUUUUGAA